ACCGACCGUGAUCCGCCUCAUCCACUUGUUCUGACUUGCAUCCAAUUACUGCUCGGCUUUCUGCUGAAUUCGAGCUGCCAUUCGUUUGCCUCUGGCCUGCUAGAACCUGCGCGCUGCCGCCAUUCAUUCCUUUUUUCCCUACGCUAGUUUCCAUUCCCCUCCACGGACGACGGCUCCCGUCUUUCGUUGCUACCCUCUCUCGCGAGCCCCCUUUGCGCCGUCCUUUGUACACUUCGUUUGAUCCAAUCCCCGGCGCCGGCUGUUCUGCAUUGUUACGUACAUGCGUACCGUCUUUGUGCUACUCCUAGAGCCAUCCACCUGAUCGACCGCACUCUCGUUCUAGCGCAGUCCCUCCUGCGUCUUCUGCGUGUUCUCCUGCGUACCAGUAGCGUACCUCGGACCUCCAUUCCCCGCAUUGAUUGCUGCUUCCGCCAGUUUGCGACAAGUCAAGUUGCUUGUUUGUGUCCUAGGUACCUGCCUACAUACAUCUACGGACUGUCGUAUUACUGUCGAUACUAUUUCCAGUACCUCCUUCAGUACCUCCUUCAGUACCUCCCUCAGUACCUCCCGUAAUUUCAGAUUUGCGACUGGUCGGGUACACUUGCUGUUUCAUUCUGUGUGCAACCACCAUUGUUCACGGCCACGGAAAGAGCUACCUGCGACGACGCACCUUCCGUUGUCAUUAUAUUCAUAAGCUCAAGAUCCGGCCGUACCUGCCUGAUCUCCUGGCUUCCUAAUUCUCACGACUGGCGACUGGCGACCGGUAAUCGGCGACCGCCUGCCAGCCCAUUCAACUCCAAUAACCUACUACCUCUAGAGUCUUUAUCUACGACAUAUCUCUACCACCCACCAUAAUCACCUCCGAUCCCCGAGCUUUGCGACUAUAUCAAACCGCUUCUUCCUCCCCCGAUUCGACUGCGGAAGACGACAUUGCUCCAGGCGGUGUCCGACUCCCAACGAGACACUCCCCGAUUCAACUUCGUUUAGACUAUGGGAGCCGACGACAGCAUCGUAUCUGCGAGAUCCCCAGGUUCAUAGACGAAUACGAAACCGCGCCGCUAUGCUGCGCUCCAGCCGGACAUACCACACGCCCAUGAGAACAAGACCUACAACGAACACCGAAUACCAUGACCAGAUCCCCCUCCUCCUCUCCCAACCUCUCCCACGCCCUCGCGGUCGUCACCCCGCGUAGCCGCCCCCCGCGAUCCUCUACCGAAUCGCCUCCCCGGCGCUACCGCGAAAACGACGACCUCUUGUCCAACCUCACCCCGCGCACCGCACUCGAUACCAUACGGAACCCUACGGGGGAAUUCAGGGCAUGCAUGGCUUCCGCAUCUCCAACUGAGCAGGCCUUUGCUCUCCGAGCCGCCAUCGCUAGCAACAAGAUUCAGGAAUGGCUUGAUGAGCUUUCAUCGUGGCCCUGGCCGUCCGGCGCAAGCUCCGCUGGCUUUCAGGUGCCCGACUUGAAGAGAAGGAAGUUUGAAUCCGCAACCCAGCUCUCCGACAAGCUGUACUGUGGCAGCCUGCCCGCUGCCGAAGUUGCCAAGUAUGAGAAGCGCGUGGAGGAGAUAUACAAGGACAUGGAGGAGAUCGAUAUCGAGGAAAUCAAGAACCAUGUCCUGCGCAACCAUAUUGUUCCGCUAUCAGCCUUCGGUUCUCCCAUCCUGGGCUCGCACCGACCUCUCCCCAGCUAUUCCCAUAUGGACGAUCUUACAGCAUUUCUUACGGCUACUAUCAUGCAAACCCUACCGAAUUUGGCUCGUCUUAGCAGACUCCUAAACUCCUGGAGCAUUCGAUUGCUUGUUUUGAAGAGGGUUCCCGCCUUCUUGGACACUCUCGCUGAUGGAGAGAUUGCUCUUCAAUCUGGCCGGAAUGUAGCUGGAUUGGAUUCCAAUGCUCGCGCGAUACAAAGUAGGCCGCCUUCGCCGCUGUCAUGGGCCGAGUUCAACGUGAUAAAGUCGGUACUGGAAAAGAAAGUCGCAAAGGCCGGUCGCGACCUGGAUGUCAUGCUCGACAGUCUAGAAGGAUGGGAAUACACACUCCCUGACGAAUGGCUGGACCGAGUAGAGUCUCUAGAGAAGCAAUAUGGCGAAUGGGUUGCUGCCUGCGAGCACAAAAUUAAACAAGCAAACUUGAAGAUUGAUGCGCCAACUUAUAGCGACACUGCCGCCAAGCUGGACUUGGAUGAACGGAAACAACAACAGACGAACAAUGCGCCCAUGAAUGGCGCAGUUGCUUUGACCGUCCAAGACCAACAAAGUGAUGACUUGACAGAUAAUCAUAAGACCAUGAACGUCGACGUUCCUCCCCUUAUCAAAGUCCACGUUCCUUUGGAGGGAAUCGACGAGAAUGACGCUGAGAAAGGAGAAAAUGACUCCUGGACGUUUGUGGAUGAAACUGCCGCCCCAGAAACCAAUGAUGAGAGCCUAAUCACAGAGGAGCGUCCCUUGGGCGGAUUUGACGGAUCUGAUAUUGAUGGAGCUUCGGCAAGUGGGAUGAUGCCCUCUCCUAAUAUUGUGGCUAGCUCGAAGGGCUCGAGGCCUCAUUCCUCCAGUCUGAGCUAUGCGACCUCUGAUGGCGAAUAUUUCGAACUAGACCCCUUCGACUCAGAUUUCGACUUCGAUGAUAACCUCGAGCAUGAUCUUCCUGGCUUCCCCCGCUCGAGGCGCGAUAGCAACUUCUCCACCACUUCAACCAUUGUAUUUGGCACUCGAGCACUCGAGCAGGAGACCCCAGAUCGCUCUCGGAGACGGAGUAAGGAUCUUGACGGCAGUCUUUCGGGGGAUGUCAGCCCUCCAAGCUCCCCUCCACGCUUUAGCAGAUCAAAGUCGAGGCUCAGGUCACUAUCGCGCGGUUUUAGCGACAUGCCAACUGUGGCCGAGUUGCCAGACUUUGACGAGUCAAAUCUCGAGUCAUCGGCUGUCAAUGAGGACGGAAACCCAUCCAAGUCUAACGCCGGAGAUUCGGAUGUAAAGCUGGAUCUGCUCCAGCAGCAGAUUAGCGAGAUUCUGGAGUCUGUACCGGCUAAGAUCCGCCUCACCUCUGAACCCUCACCGAUUAAUUUGAAUCCCCCUGAUUUCACUGCCCUAAACAGGAAGUCAUCUAAGCCGGAGCUGCGCAACAGGAGUCAGUCCAGUCUGUCAACCAGGUCUACCUUGUCGUCCCGUGCGGGAACACCCUCUUUUACGCUCGCCCCGGCACCUUCCCGCGGCUCCCGACAACGCAACCGCGGCAGUCAUCGUGAUAUCAAGAUUUACCACCUUACGAGGAACAACGGUGAAGCUCCUAUCAAGCUGUUCAUCCGAUGCGUUGGCGAGAACGGCGAACGGGUCAUGGUGCGAAUUGGCGGUGGAUGGGCUGAUUUAGGCGAGUAUCUUCGGGUUUUCGCCAGCCACCAUCGCCGAAACGUCGCGCUAGAGGGCAAGGUGGAGGUCAAUAUGCCUCGUGUAAUAGCUGGUGGCUCUAGCUCACCCACUCGGCCGCCAUCCACACGGUCUACCCAGGAUCGACAAUCCCCUCCGGAUACUCCCUUGAACGUCCGCAAGACUAGGAAGCCUGCGGAGGCAAGCGAGGAGAACGCCGGAACACCCAAAGCGACUCCUAAGACGCCCUUCGUUCCGGCUGGUAAAGCGACUGCCGUAUCGUCGCCAAGAGCCCCAUCAGUUGCAGCCCGCUCCCGCUCGAUUUCGACUCGCUCUCGCUCAAGCUCCCGCCUCAGCCAUCGUGGUGACGAGGAGAUUGCGCUUGGAUUAGCAGGGCCGCGGACGAAGAACAUUGAAAUGAGUGAGGAGGAUAAAGCGUGGGUGGAGGAUAUGAAGGCUAAGGUGCAGAACGCCUCUGGCAUGAACCGUCAAGUGUCGGACUCGCCAGCUACUGCAGAGGGAAAGUUCGGCGACAUGGGCAAGAUUGGCGGGACGAAACGGGUUUUUAAACGUCAGGGCGGGUUGCCAUGAUGGGAUGGAAUGCAUGUCGGAUGGCACACGGGACGGAACGGGAACGGGACGACACGUGUACGGCAUGAAUCGGGCGAGGGGGCUUGUGGGUAAGGGCUAACGAACUUGAUGUGGAGGAAUGAUCGGCGUUUCAGGGAUUCACGGGCAGGUUUCACUCCUGCUAUCCCAGAGAUUGCGGUGGUUUCACAUGAAGUUUGUCAUUACCCCCGGUUUUGGUAUGGGUGGAGAGUUUGGGAUCUACGGGGCUUAUGCGCAUCAUGUCUUAUGCCGUCCGUUCCUCUAAUCUCUCCUAUCCUGUCGGAUCCCCACACACCCAUGCUGCAUUUCCUUCCUCUAUGCGGUUAUUUUUUCUUCUUUCUCGACCUCGUCACUUGGACGAAGGUCAUCACUCUCAUCAUCAUCAUCAUCAUUAUUAUUACAUGCAUUGUUGUGGGAUUUUGCUACUUUUGUUACUUUCUCUCUACUGUCAACAAAUACCCCCGGAGCUCUCUUGGUCUUUUCACAUCUUUGCAUUCAAAUAUCCCAAUCUUUUUACCAUAAUCAUUAUCAAAUUAUAAACGAAACUCUACCAUUCAUACAUACAUAUUACACACAAUCUUACCAUACACAGACCAUAAACAAAGAGGGAGGAAGAAGAAGAAGAAGAAGAAGAGACAUUCAUAUGUCGGUUUACGACUUUCUUUGUACUACUGUCGGAAAGGAGGAAGGGAUACCCAAGACAAUACAAUACCCAAGGAAGGACGACGGAACGCAUAUGCAAUGGAUGGACGUAUGGUACGCUCACACACACGGACGGACGGACGGACGGAAGGCGAAUCAGGAACAGGAACUCGGACAAAGCAAGACGGGCGUCGGACAAAUUUUCUGUCGGUUUUAGGUCAGGUAUAUGUCAGUUUUUUGUUUUGAUUUUCGGCGACAACGGACGGCGGCGAACGAAGGGUGUUUGGUUGGGUCUUUGUGAGAAUUUGCUGUCUGUCUGUCUGUGUUUCUGAGGAUAGGCAGACGGGCAAAACACAAACCCGCUCGGCGUACAAAACAGCAUUCUUCGGCUGGGGGUUUUAUUGGCUAGUUCUUUAGAUAUUUAUACACUUUACUAUUAUU